CUCAAAUAAUUCAUCUUCCCGCCAAUAAAAAUCACAAGCGACGCUCCAUUGCAUCUCCACAGCCGCACCUCCGUCGAGAUCUCCCAGCGACGCUCCGUCGUUUCUUCCCCACCUCCGUCGAGAUCUCCACAGCAGCGAUUCUCCACAGAAGAAGAAGCUGAUGGAGAAUUCAAUCACACAGUUCCGCAACGGCGUAGGUCGGUUCUGCAACCACCUGGAAUCCAGCUCUGCCGCUCUUCUUCAAUCCGUCAACCGCCGUGCGAUUCCGUUCGAUUCUGCUUCAUUAUCGUUCGUGCAAUGUCUGAACCGCCGUGUAUCAACUGCUACCAGCGAUCUCAACCUCCUUGAGUCCAUGUCGUUUGAUACGGUGUCGUUUGAGGAGUUGCUUGGUCACUGCAAUGAGAUUUAUAAGAAGAAUGAGAGUGAUGUAGUUGAGCUUGAGGAGAGACUUUCUGCGUUUGGAUAUGUUGCUGGGUUGGAGAUUGAUGAACCUGAAGAGGACAUAAAUGAUUCACAACCAAAUACAAGUUUGGAUUUGAAGAACGCAAUGGAAGACGACGACUCUUUAUUUGAUGAUACAUUGAGCUUGCAGAAGUUUGGCAUUUCUGAUGCUUCUAUCGCCACUAUUCAAUCUGGAGAUUACAAUAAGAUUGAGUUGGACCCGCUAUAUGAACCAGCCAUGGAUUUCUCAGAAAAAGAAAGUAAACAAUUAGACAAACGGGACGAGUUGGAAGAUUUUAAGUCUUUUAUAACGGUACCUAAAGAUGCUUAUGAAGCUCUUCCUUCAUAUAUGAAAUCCUUAGCAUCUUGGGAGGAUUUGCUUGCUGUUGUGGAAAAGAUGAACUUGCACCUUAAACAGAAAACCAAGAAUCACAACUUCUUUACCCAAGAUGAAGUUUCGUCACUCGAUUUAGGCUCUAAAACCCGAUCAUACUUGUUGUUGCUCGUGAAGAUGAACCUUUUAGUUGUGGAGACGAUUGAUGGGUUGAUUUCGUAUAAGGUACUGUAGGCUAAGUGACCCAGAGCUCGUGGAUCGGCUGGUUUGCAAACAAAACAACGUAUGAAUUCCCUAUUAUAUUUUUUCGGGGCCCAACUACUUAGCGGAUUUGAAUGUGUGAUUGUGAAACUAGAGGUUUGAAUAGUUCAUUUUAUACGAAUUUAGAGUAGAAGUGUGUUUUAGUUGAUGAUUCUUUCCUGUUUUAGAUUGUGUAACAAUAUAGUUUAAAACGUAAAAGGAAAGUGAUCAAGCACAAAUUAUUAAA